AUGGAAUAUCAAGAAAAGCUUCGAUUUGCCGUCAGCUGCUCCAGCAAUAUGAAUCGCAGCAUGGAGGCGCAUAGUAUUCUCAAGUUCGUUAUUUUAUUGAAGUUAUCUUUGAUUUGUAUUUUUUUCCAAACGGUCAUCUACUUCCACUUUAAAUAUUUUUUUCAGAUGGGAAUUUUUUUCGACUCUUCGAGCCGUAAACUUUAUCAAAAGCAUGAAGAAUGAAAAUUUUCUAUAGAACGAUUUUUUUUUAUUCCUCAGUCUGUCUGUUUUUUAUUGGUUUGUUUGAUAGAACUAAAUAAAAAUUGUUUGAUGUGAGAAAAAUUCAUUAAUUUAAAUCUGUUAGAAGGAUAAUAGGAAGGCUUUCUACUACCAGAAAUAAUUAUCCGAGAAAAUAAUAUAUGGGGCGAAAAAUUUCGUUGAAAAUUUGAAGGCAAAAUCACGAUUUAGACAUUUUUUUUGUCAGACAUACACUGUCAAAUUACUGCAUCAAAUUUAUAUUUUGAUAAGGAACGAAAGUAGUUGAUUAGGUACUUCAGUUUUGACCUUUUUCGAUAAAAAAUUCUGAAAAAUUGCUUGAAGUCGAGGCAAGGCUUUCACACUUCAGAAAACGGGGUUUCAACAUCGAAUCGUACGGUUCGGGAAAUCAGGUGAAGAUGCCCGGGCCAAGCAUCGACCGGCCGAAUUGCUACGAGUUCGGCACCACAACCUACGAUUUCAUCUACAAUGACCUUCGUCAUAAAGAUGUUCAUAUGUCGGUGUCCUCUUUGUGGGAAAUUCUCGGAAGGAAAGAUUGAAGGUACACUCAAAACGGCCUCCUCAACAUGGUCGACCGCAAUCGACGCAUCAAAAAGUGUCCACAGAGGUUUCAAAACGAAACGCGCGAAUUCGACAUCGUCAUUUGUUUAGAAGAACGAGUUUAUGACCAGGUUAUCGUUGAUUUUAUAUGGCUUUUUUCCAAAGAUUUUAAUUGAUCUGCAAAAAUAAACUUUUUAUAUGUUAAGAGAACUUGAAGCUUGAAAGAAUGAUUUGAAGACCAGGUAUCGUUGAUUUUGAGCGAACUACUAUUCUGGAUUUCAAUGUAUCAUUUUUUUAUAGGUUAUUAAAACUGUUUAUUUAGCUGAAGGUUCAUCUCCGAAACAAUUCUCAAUAAGAUGAAUCCAAAAAUGGCUUUUGAAGACAAUUUUUUUUUCAGCUAACUAAGGUUCAAUGGUUACGACUUCAAGCUCGCCAAAAAUUCAUAAAAUUCAUAGAACCGUUAUCAACUCAUUUUAAUGUCAUGUCGUAAUUCACCCUUAAAACUUUUAGUUAGCUAGAAAUCACCUUCAAAGGCGUCCAAAAUCUAAAUAGGUUUCUCAGUAGGAUUUGAAUAUAGCUGAGAAAAGCCCAUGAAGUUAUGAAGAAACCUUUUCUGAAUGGUGUGAAGAUCCUGAAAAGAUCAAUCCGCAAAAUUUUGAUGAAUUUGACAUUUAAAAUUUGGAAGUUUUGAAUAGGUCUUUUUAGUUUUUUUUUGCUCAUAGAUUCAUUCCUAUCGGUUUCUAGCUCACAUAAGUUUUUCUUUUACUUUUCAACGUUUUCCGAAUUAAACUUAGCAAGAGUUCUGAAAUGUUGGAAGGCUAAAUAAUUGAGAAACCUUAAAAAUUCCAGAACCGCUUGAUUAUUUCUGAUCAUUUCUCAGGUAGUUGACCACCUGACGCGAAGAACUGGUCUGACGGGUAACGUGGUGCACGUGAUAAACAUCGACAUCGAGGAUAAUCCCGAAGAAGCGACGUUAGGCGCUUUUUUCGUCGCCGAGAUUUGCAGCAAGGUUUGAAAAACAUUGAAAGUUGGAAGAAUCUCAAAAUCAUCUUCAAAAAAGAUCCUGAAUUUUGUUUGAAAAAGCAUGGAAAAAGUAUGGAUCUAAAAAAAAAAAUAAAUUCGAGUGUUUUCAGUUAGAGUCUUGUGAGGACGUCGACAAUGAAAUCGACGAGAUUUUGGCCGAAUUUGAGGUGAAAAACCCGCGACGGAACAUGCUCCACACGGUUUGCUACUAUUAA